AUGGCGGACCAAAAUUCCAGUGCAAUUGGGAACAUUAAAGAGUUUAAUUUAAAUACGGACACGUGGAGUAGUUACAUAAAACGUAUCAAAGCUUUCUUUACCGUGAACAAUAUAAAAGUGAACGUGCAAACCUCAUAUCUAAUCACGUUGGUGGGAAAUGAAACAUACGACCUCAUGACGGUUUUGUGUAGCCCUGAUGAGCCGGAGAAUAAAACUUUCGACGAAUUAGUGGAUAUCGUAGAAAAACACAUUAACCCUAAAGCGAGUGAUAUGGCGGAACGCAUGAAAUUACGCGCGUGUCUGCAAAAUCAAAGUGAAACAGUGAACGAAUAUUUAUUGCGUUUAAAAAAACUGGCGAUGACGUGCAAAUUCAAAGGUCAAGAGUCAUUGGAGGAAAAUCUUAGAGAGCAAUUCACCUAUGGUUUAUGGAACGAAAAAUAUAGACAAAGAUUACUGACUGAAAGGGAGCUCAGUUUUACAAGAGCUGUGACCUUAGCUACGUCAUUAGAAGCGGCUGAACUCGAAGCGAAACUCGGUGGUGGCAAGAACCAGGCCGGCGAAACUAGCAACAGCGCCGGCGUGUACGCGGUGCGGUCCGGCGGCGGCGGCGGCGGCGCCGGAGCGGCGCGAGGGGCGCGAGCGAGUGCUGGGCGCGGCAGCGGAGCCAGCUCGCAGCGCAGCACCCAGGCGGGCGGAGACCGGUGUUAUCGGUGCGGAUCGCGGCAGCAUUCGGCGGAUAAGUGCGGUUUCAAAAGUGCAAUGUGUUACAAGUGCGAUAAAAUAGGUCAUAUAAGUCACAUGUGCCGUAAUAAAAAGAGCCAAAGAGUGUUUCAAGUGGCAAAUAGUGAUUCGGAGGGGGAUGGCGAAUCUCCUACGCUUUAUAGAUUAAGUGAUGGACAGGAAUCAGAUAGCCCUUGGUAUUGUAAGUUGAAUGUAGAAGGUGUUAUGUUGAACAUGCAGAUCGACAGCGGUUCCUCGGUAAGCGCUAUUUCAAAAGAUACUUAUAAUAGAUUGUUUAAAGGCAGACCAUUGAUCGAAUCUAACAAAGUGUUGACUGUAUACAGUGGCGAAAAAAUUAAACCACUUGGCAUAAUGCCAGUCAACGUCAUUAAUAGUGACCAAUCUUUUACUUCGAAAUUAUAUGUUUUAGAUAAUGGUAAUUGUCCACCCAUUAUCGGUAGAAAAUGGAUGCGACACUUAAAAAUUUCACUGCCCAUGAUAGCACAAGUGUCAUGUAAUGAUAAUGAGAGCGUAAUCAAUGAAAUAGUACGUAAAUACAGUAAUGUGUUCGCCCCGGGAAUGGGAACAUUCAACCGCGGCACCAUUAGCUUGCAAGUGUGCGCGGGCGCGCGGCCCGUGUGGCGCCGGGCGCGCGUCGUGCCGCACGCGCUGCGGCCCGCGGUGGACGCCGAGCUGGCGCGCCUGGAGGCCGAGGGCGUCAUCAGCCCCGUCGAGGACGUGGGCGGUUGGGGUACACCUAUUGUACCCGUUAGGAAACAGAACGGCACUAUUAGAAUUUGUGGAGAUUUUAAAGUAACCGUUAAUCCAGUUCUGUCCGAUGACAAAUAUCCACUUCCUCGGAUUGAGGAUUUGUUUUCCUCUUUGAGAGGAGAAGGUUUGCACACAGAAACAAAAAAAAUUGAUGCCGUUCUUGCUGCGGAGCGACCUCAAGACGUCAGCGAGCUCAGAGCUUUUCUAGGUCUCAUCAACUAUUAUUCAAAAUUCGUAAGAAAUUUCAGCACUGUGGUCGCACCCUUAUACUCCUUAUUAAAAAAACAUAAAACAUGGGAGUGGUCCACCGAAUGUGAAAUGGCUUUUGUCAAAAUCAAGGAGCUCUUGAAGAACUCCGAGAUCUUAAUGCAUUUUGACCCCGACCUCCCCUUGGUGUUGUCGUGCGACGCGUCGCCGCGCGGCGUGGGCGCGUGGCUGGGCCACGAGCUGCCCGACGGCCGCGUGCGCGCCGUGGCCCACGCCAGCCGCACGCUGUCUUCGGCGGAACAGAACUAUAGUCAAAUAUGUAGGGAAGAUAACCACAGCCCUAUUUUUGAUGAAGGCUAUCCAAAUGUUAAUAAUGAGCUUAGUGUCACUCCUACACGUAAAAGUCGAACACCACUGCCAUCACCCACUGGGAAGCCUACAUCACCACACUCGCCGCCCUAUGAGGAGGCUGAGAACGACAUGAAUUCGACUCAGGGGUCACCGCCCUCUAGCCCGUCUAACUUAAUAGAUAAUGAUCGAGAUUGCGAGUAUGAUAACGUAAACACCCGUCGGGGAAAUAGGAUCAAUGUGUCAUACGAUUUAGAGUAA